AUGUGUUUGCAAGAAUUCAGGCUAUUGACAGGUACAUCGUUCUCCACAGCAGCCGCCGCAUCAACUUCAGCGCCGCCAAACCACAACAACGACAGAGUAAAAUUCCUUCUGAAAGGUGAUGAGCUCGAGAAAAAAAUGGGAACUGUAUCAUUGAAUGGACAAAAAAUCCUCCGUACGCCCCAAAUCCUUGAGACGCGAGGGGCGCUUUACGGUUUAGCUGCAACAACUGAGCCGACAACCACUACUCUCCAGUUGACGACGCUCGAUACAAGCAACAAUCAUACGGCCAUCGGACGGCAAGUCAGCUACUUCCAAAAGACGUAG